UAAAAGGGAGGGGCGUUUCCAAACAAUCCAUCUGUGGGCGGGGCUUUCUACUUAACGUGGGCGGAGCCGAACCGCCUCAAAACAUCAGCCACACUAGGGAUACCAAGCUGUGUGCGCCUGGCAGUACAGUCAGAAUGGAAGACGGCGUGAAUACAGUCAGAGUGGAAGACAAUGUGAAUAUCGUCAGAAUGGAAGAAAAUGGGAAUAUCGUCAGAGUGGAAGACAACGUGAACAUAGUCCGAAUAGAAGAUAAUGGGAACACGUCUCUGCCUCCAGUAAGGCUUCCGUCAGCACAUAUGGCACUUCUAGUACUGCUGGCGAGAAGACGAAAACUGAGGAGACAAGAGGCAGCCAGGCAAAAGCGACUGUGGAUUCAUCCAGUAAUCAGAAUGAAGCAAGAGAAGGGUACUUUUGCGAUGCUAUAUGCAGAUCUUCGCAGGUGCCCUGAGAAAUUUCAAGAGUUCAUCCAAAUGUCCACAUCUGCAUUUGAUGGGUUGCUUGAUCUUUUGAGACCCCUGCUUACCAUGCAGCAAACUUUGCUGAGAAGGUGCAUCAGUCCUGAGCAGCGGCUGCUUAUCACUUUGCGGUUUCUGUCGACUGGGGAGACCUAUUCUUCACUCCAUCAGCUGUUCCAUGUGGGAAAAUCUACCAUCUCGGGGAUCAUCAGGACCACUUGUGAUCUGAUCUUUCAGAAUUUGCGGCUUUCUGUGAUGCCUGCUCCUACCGAAGAGACAUGGCUGCAGGUUGCAGAAGGUUUUGAAAGUGCAGCCUCUUUUCCCAACUGCAUAGGUGCAGUUGAUGGAAAACAUUUACGGGUGCACCAACCACCACACUCUGGAUCCAAAAGCUUCAAUAAUAAGAAGUUUUUUUCGGUGGUUUUGAUGGGGGUGGUAGAUACAAAGUAUAAAUUUCUUGCGAUAGAUGUCGGUGCCUAUGAUGGCUCUGGAGAUGCCAGAGUAAUGGAGGCAUCACAGAUUAAGCAGAAAAUGCUGCAUGAUGAAAAUACUCUGCCAGCCCCAAGGCCGCUUCCAGGUACGACAAGGCCAUUGCCAUUUGUCAUGGUUUCAGAUGAGGCAGUCAAUGUGACACCCUGCCAGCUGCGCCCAUUCCCAAGAAAAGGACUGGACACUCGAAGGAGGGUCUUUAAUUAUCGCCUAAGCCGGGCACGGAGGUACAUUGAGUGUACCUUUGGGAUAUUAACUAAAAAGUGGAAGAUUGUUAGCUCUUCCAUACAACUGGAUGUUGCCACAGUUGAUGCAGUUGUCAAGGCAUGCUGUAUCCUGCAUAACUAUGUUAUAGACCAUGAUGGUCCUGACAAGGAUGCGGAGGCCACUGUGCCUUCUCUUGCCACUGCAAUCAACUGGCAGACAUCUAAGCCUGAUGAAUCUGAAUUAGAGUUAAAGGAUCUCUUUGCUGAUUAUUUUAUGACGCCGGAAGGAUCCGUGCCCUGGCAAAUGGCUUGUGUUAGUGGGACCACUUAACCAGUAAUGGUGCACCUCAUUUUAGUGUUACUUUUUUGUGUAUUGUGAUGCCUUAACCCAGUGUUUUCUGCUAUGUCGGGCAAGCUGUAUUUCAUUUGCCAGUUUGUGUACAUAUAUUAUGCAACUAUGUGCUUCUCUUGUGUUUAAAGUUUUUUUUUUUUUUUUUACUGAUGACCUAUCCACUGGUAUCUGAUUUGUUGGGGGUCCGACACCCAGGACCCCUGCCGAUCAGCUGUUUGAGAAGGAACAAGCUUCUCUCAGCUCGCCAAGCACAGCACCUUACAUUGUACAGUUUCUUUGGGGCUGAGCUGUGCGUAGUCCAUGUAGUGAACGAACGUGGCCUAGGCAAAGCUGGAGAAGGGUGCGGUUCUACUGUGAGUGCCACUGCCUUCUAAAACAGCUGAUCAGCAGGGGUUCUGGGCGUCGGACCCCCACUGAUCAUAUACUGAUGAUCUAUUUGGAAGGAAAACAAACAAACUCAGAAAACCCCUUUAAAGAGAAAAUAUGCCAAGGAAUCAUGUGAAACGUACCAAUGUAUAGAGAACUUUGCCAUGAGACUAUAAUCAAAUAGAUGAGCUAUUGCUCUCAAACCA